CAGAAGGAGAGGCAGGGGAAAGCUGAAGGUGGAGAACAGCUGAACUCACCAUCAUGGACAGCAGAGGGAGGAGAGGGACGAAUGGAUCCUUCAGACACUCAUCUGUCAAACGCAGCACGUCCUCUGGAUCACAGAAGACUCAGAAAGCAUGGAUCGAGAGAACCUUCCAGAAGAGAGAAUGCAUCCAGAUUAUUCCCAGCAAAGACGCCAGCAGGUGCAGCUGUGGUCAGCUGGUGGCUCAACACACCUCCAUCCCUCCCAAAGAUGAAGGAGCUCCACUGGUCCAGCUGGAGCCUGCAGAGAGGUGGAGCGCAGUGAAACACACCCAGACCUCCCCGACUGACGCCUACGGCAUCCUGGAGUUUCAGGGAGGAGGACUCGUCAACAAAGCCAUGUACAUCAGGGUCUCCUAUGACUCCAAACCAGACUCACUGCUCCACCUCAUGGUGAAGGACUGGCAGCUGGAGCUCCCCACGCUGCUCAUCUCCGUCCACGGAGGCCUUCAGAACUUCGACCUGCCCCCCAAACUAAAGCAGGUCUUUGGCAAAGGACUGAUCAAAGCUGCCGUCACCACCGGGGCCUGGAUCUUCACCGGAGGAGUCAGUACAGGAGUGAUUCGUCAUGUUGGAGAUGCUCUAAAGGACCACUCGUCUAAGUCCAGAGGUAAAGUCUGCGCUAUCGGCAUCGCACCGUGGGGCAUCGUGGAGAACAAAGAAGAUCUGGUCGGCAGAGACGUGACCCGGUCCUACCAGACCAUGUCCAACCCACUCAGCAAGCUGUCGGUCCUGAACGGGAGCCACUCUCACUUCAUCCUGUCCGACAACGGGACCAGCGGGAAGUACGGCGCUGAGGUCCGCCUCCGCCGGCAGCUGGAGAAACACAUUGCUCUGCAGAAGAUCAACACACGUCUGGGCCACGGCGUCCCGGUGGUCUGUCUGAUCGUGGAGGGAGGUCCCAAUGUCAUCACCAUCGUCCUGGAGAGUCUGAGGGAGGAGCCUCCCGUCCCGGUGGUGGUCUGUGAUGGCAGCGGCCGAGCCUCAGACAUCAUUUCAUUCGCUCACAGAUACUGUGAGGAGGACGGGGUGGUGAGCGACAGCGUCAAAGACCAGCUGCUGGUCACCAUCCAGAAGACCUUCAACUACAGCCGAGGCCAGGCCCAGCAGCUGUUCCUCAUGGUGAUGGAGUGCAUGAAGAAGAGAGCUCUGAUCACAGUGUUCAGGAUGGGCUCAGAGGGACAGCAGGACAUUGAGAUGUCCAUCCUCACAGCUCUGCUCAAAGGUACAAAUGCGUCGGCAUCUGAUCAGCUGAGUUUGGCUCUGGCCUGGAACAGAGUGGACAUUGCUCGCAGUCAGAUCUUCGUGUACGGACACCACUGGCCUCCUGUCAGUAUCUCACCUGCUGAUCGUCCUAAAAGCCCGGCGGCCCAGCGUCCAGCGGCAGGAGGGGCAGCAGGGAAAGGAAAAGCUCGGGGCAAGAAGGGCAAAGGGGGCAAAGCCAAACCAGAACCACCUGAAGAGACCGACCCUCGGAAACUGGAGCUGCUCAGCUGGGUGAACUCUCUGGAACAGGCGAUGAUGGACGCUCUGGUGUUGGACCGGGUCGACUUUGUGAAGCUGCUGAUUGAGAAUGGAGUGAACAUCCAUCACUUUCUGACCAUCCCUCGGCUGGAAGAGCUCUACAACACGAAGCUUGGACCAGCCAACACGCUGCACUUCGUGGUCCGAGACGUCAAGAAGGGGAACCUUCCUCCAGAUUACCAGAUCACACUGAUUGACAUCGGGCUGGUGCUGGAGCUCCUGAUGGGCGGAGCUUACCGCUGCAACUACACCAGGAAGACCUUCAGGACGCUUUACAACAACCUGUACGGCCUCAAAAGACCCAAAGCUCUGAAGCUUCUCGGCAUGGAGGAUGAUGAGCCCCGACCCAAAGGGAAGGGAAAGAAGAACAAGAAGAAGGAGGAGGAGGUGGACAUCGACGUGGACGACCCCGAAGUCAGCCGGUUCCAGUACCCCUUUCACGAGCUCAUGGUGUGGGCGGUGCUGAUGAAGCGCCAGAAGAUGGCGCUGUUCCUAUGGCAGCGCGGUGAGGAGGCCAUGGCCAAAGCUCUGGUGGCCUGUAAGCUCUACAAGGCCAUGGCCCAUGAGUCUUCCCAGAGCGAGCUGGUGGAUGACAUUUACCAGGACUUGGAGAACAACUCCAAGGAGUUCGGUCAGUUGGCCUACGAGCUGCUGGACCAGUCUUACAAACACGAUGAGCAGGUAGCCAUGAAGCUGCUGACCUACGAACUGAAGAACUGGAGUAACUCCACCUGCCUGAAGCUGGCCGUCGCCGCCAAACACCGAGAUUUCAUCGCCCACACCUGCAGCCAGAUGCUGCUGACCGACAUGUGGAUGGGCUGCCUGAGGAUGGGCAAGAGCAACAGCCUGAAGGUGAUCUUAGGGAUCAUCUUCCCUCCUGCCAUCCUGCUCCUGGAUUUCCGUCUCGGAGAUGAAGCUUCACAUCAUUCGUCCAAAGACAGUGAAGACGUUAAAGCUAAAGACGACGACAAAUCCAACAAGGACGCCGUCUCCACCGUGGACUCUACGUCACGGAAAGGAGAUGAAGAGGAGAACCAGAAGACUCACCACAAGAGGAUUCCCAUCGGGAGGAAGAUCUACGAGUUCUACAAUGCUCCAUUCACCAAGUUCUGGUUCAACACGAUCUCCUACCUGGUGUACCUGAUGCUCUAUAACUACAUCAUCCUGGUGAAGAUGGAGCGCUGGCCGUCACUGCAGGAGUGGAUCGUCAUCUCCUACAUCAUCACCCUGGGCCUGGAGAAAGUCCGACAGAUCCUGAUGUCAGAACCUGGGAAGCUGAAGCAGAAGAUCAACGUUUGGUUGGAGGACUACUGGAACAUCACCGACCUGGUGGCCAUCUGGGUGUUCCUGCUGGGCCUGAUGCUGCGGCUGCAGAACCACCCCUACAUGGGCUACGGACGCGUCAUCUACUGCGUGGACAUCAUCUUCUGGUACAUCCGAGUCCUCGACAUCUUCGGAGUCAACAAGUACCUGGGUCCUUACGUCAUGAUGAUCGGAAAGAUGAUGAUUGACAUGUUGUACUUCGUGGUCAUCAUGUUGGUGGUUCUGAUGAGUUUUGGCGUCGCUCGCCAGGCGAUUCUUCACCCGGACGAGGAACCAACCUGGCGUCUGGCCCGGAACAUCUUCUACAUGCCGUACUGGAUGAUCUACGGAGAGGUGUUCGCCGACUCCAUAGACCUUUAUGCGAUGGAGAUCAACCCUCCAUGUGGAGACAACAUGUAUGAUGAAGAUGGGAAGAAGCUUCCUCCCUGCAUCCCUGGAGCCUGGCUGACCCCCGCCAUCAUGGCCUGCUACCUGCUGGUCGCCAACAUCCUGCUGGUCAACCUGCUGAUCGCUGUCUUCAACAACACCUUCUUCGAGGUGAAGUCCAUCUCCAACCAGGUGUGGAAGUUCCAGCGUUAUCAGCUGAUCAUGACUUUCCACGACCGGCCCAUCCUGCCUCCCCCCCUCAUCAUCUUCCCCCACAUCUACAUCGUCCUGAAGAGGCUGUGCUGCCGCUGCUGUCGGAGGCCGGAGGGCGAGCAUGACGACCGGGAAAGACGCCUCCAGCUGGUGCUGAACACUGAAGAGCUCAAGAGUCUCCAUGAGUUCGAGGAGCAGUGUGUGGAGGAAUAUUUCAGAGAGAAAGACGACGAGAAGCAGUCGUCCAACAAUGAACGAAUCAGAGUCACGUCUGAGAGGGUGGAGAACAUGUUCAUGCGUCUGGAGGAGGUGAAUGAGAGGGAACACUCCAUGAAGGCCUCCCUGCAGACCGUGGACCUCCGCCUGUCUCAGCUGGAGGAGUUCUCUGGCCGGAUGAUGAACGCCGUGGAGAAGCUGGCGGGCGUGGACCGGGCCGAGCUGGUCCGGUCCCACUCCAGAGUGUCCUCCAUGUGUGACCCCGCGUCCCUGCUGCGUCAUGGCAGCGUCAACAGCGCCGAUGGCUACAGCCUGUACCGGUACCAGCUGGACCACGACGACCGGACCUCCAUGACCGGAGACCUGGACGGAAACGACAAGAAGGUCCAGCUGAGCCCAGAGAGACGAGGAGAUGUGAAGGAGUUUGGUUCGACUCUGGAGGUUCAAGGACUAAAGGAAGGAGCUCAGUCCUUGUCUAGUGUUGACAUUCUGAUCUCCCCAUGUGACCCCGACCUCCAACCAAACAUCAGAACCUCCUCAGCUCAGGAGGACCCAACCAAGGCUGAGGUGGAAAAACCAUCAGAUAAGAGCCAACUGGAGGCAGCAGAGUCAGAGCUGCCCAGCAAACAACCGGAGGGUGAAGCUAACGGACCGGAUGAGGACCUGAUGGUUGGGGAGGACAGGAAGUACCCGACACUUCGCUCCAAGAGUCUCAACACCAACCCCAGGAAGAUGAGGACAAAGAAGGAGGACGAGGACAAACCUCGCUCAGCCAGCAGCCUCAAAGACCUGGUGUCAGCAUUCAGUGGGGGGACCACCAGGCAACGGGCCAGAACCAGGUCCAGGUUCAGAGACUCUGACUGCUGAAGGACUGAGCAGGGAUCAGUAAAUCAGCUGAUUCUCCAACAUUGUAGCAAUAAAGACGACAAAACUCCGAGACAUCAGAGAACUUUAGACAACAUUCAACAGCAGACGAGGAACAUGUAGACCAUUUUAGGACAGAACAAGUUUUGGUUCAUGUUCUGACUGAAAGAAUCGUCCCUGCUGAACCUCUUCCAGGAACCGUCCCGACAGAAGUUCUUUCAGAGCUGUUUUUAGGGGAGAAAAAAGUUUCUACUUCAGGUUUGGGACUUUUAAGGGACUCUGAAACACGUCUGUGAUGGUCUGAGUACUGAUUGGUUAAAUUCAGAGGCCAUGUUCUCAUCCAGCAGCUUCUUCUCCUCUCUAACAUCACCAUCAACAACAUAAAGUUCUCCAGAUGUUUCCUUCAUAGAACUGGAGCUCCAUCCAGUAACUGUUAGUUUCUGGUCUGAGUUAACGUGAAGCUGUUGGAGCUUCAGAAGGAACAGAAAUGAACGAUCAGAUGGUUGAUCCUGGGAAUGCUUUAACACCUCUAGAGUCUGCAGUAGAAUGCCAUAUAGUUUGGGGAUCAGGUCCACAGCCCAGGAAAACCAGUCACCAAAAUUAGUUUAGAACAAACGGUCCAGCUCAGAGACUCUGAGGAACUGAAUCCAAACAGACUUCAUCAUGAGGAGAACCAGCAGAAGGAAGCAGCUGUCCAAGGCUGAGCUGGAACCAUCACGAUGUGGACUGAACAUAUGAAGGCUGAUCAGAAAUCUGUCUGACAUGACAAUGAGAGAAACAAGACUGAACAUGACUGGAUGAGUUUCACUCAGAUAAGAUGAAACUUCUCCACUUCUCCUGAAACUGUGAACCCUGUAGAACCCAGUAGAAUCCAGUAGAACCCUAUGCAUCUGCCCUGGUCUGA